AUGCUGAAAUCCAUGGCCCACAUCACUGUUAUGAUUGGAGCUGUAGCUCUAGUCCUUGGUAGUACAAACGCACACGGUUGGAUGAGCAAACCAGCGGUGACCUUUCCAAACGACGUUGAUCGUACUCAAUUCAUUGCAACGAUUAAUUCUAGCACUUCAGGCUUGUCGGGAUCAUUUAGUCAGUCACCUGCGAAUAACGCAGCAGCAUUCUGGACGGCUUUCACGGCGAGCAAGUACACCUCCAUCAAGGAAUUCGUGACCGAAUUGGGGCAGAUUGUGGCCAAUGGUGCCAAUAUUGAAUGUGGACUAACCGAUCCAAAUGAGAAUCCUCAGCCACUUCCGAACGAGCUAGAAUGGAUCCACUCCGACACGGAAGGAUUUACUGAAUCACACCAUGGUCCUUGUGAAGCUUGGUGUGACGACACCCGAGUAUUCCAAGAUACCAACUGCGCGGCGCACUUUACCACUGCUCCAGCUAAAAUGCCCUACGAUAAGGCAGGCUGCACUGGUGCGAGUCAUUUGACAUUCUACUGGUUGGCCUUGCACACGACGACAUGGCAAGUUUACGUUAACUGCGCGGCAAUUGAAGGCGGCAGAGGCUUGGACUCUCCCUCUCCAUCAAAUUCAACCAGCAAUGGAUCGAUGGAACAGCACAACACUCCGACAAGCUCAGCCGCUGGGCCAAUGACGACUACUUCUCCUCCGACAGUCUCAGUUGCUGUGCCAACGACGAUUACUUCUCCUCCGCCGGUCUCAGUUGCUGUGCCAACGACGACUACUUCUCCUCUGCCGGUCUCAGCCGCUGGGCAAACGACGACUACCUCUACCCCAACUGCAACGACGGCCACUUCGACAGUGGCUACAAUCACACCGACUUUUACCGCUGCCCCCACCGCUGUCGCUGGUAGCGGACAUGACAGUUCACUUGACAUUACUGGUAACGAUCAGGAUGACAAAGAUUGCGACUUUCUUGAUGUUGCUGGCGGUGAAAACAACGAAGUCGUUGGAAAUGCAGGUUUAGUUGAAGAGGACUGUGGAUCGUUUGACAUUGCUGGCGGUGAGAAGGAUCGUGGAUCGAUCGAUGUUGUUGGUAGUGAAGUUGACGAAUCGUGUGGUUCAUCUGAUCCUACUGGAACGACUGCUGAUGAAAGCACCACCAUUUCGGAACCAUCACUCAACUUUGUCAACGUUGAUAAGAGCUACAUCAGUGGCAAAGUGCAAGGUCCGUAUCAAGACUAG